AACAUGUGUUAAGACCAUAAGUGACAGAGGCAGGGAGCUCGAUACAGCUUUAAAGUCAAGUUGAUUUGAAUUUCCCGCCAGUGAGGAUUAUUUGUAAAACAACAAGAUGAGAAGAGUGGAGUUAUUGUGUCUCGUGGUGAUGUGUGCGGCCGUUGUUUACGGUAAACCUUUUAAAGAUGAAGCGCAGCAAGGUAGACCGGCAACCCAAGAAGUCGAUAAAGCCAAGGGAUACGAAUAUCUAGCAAAGUACGGUUACUUUAAAAAAGACCCCAAUAAAGAUGCCGACGGUGUGUUGCCAGCAAAGACGGUCGAGAAAGCCAUCAAGCAGCUUCAGAAGUUUGCAGGUAUUUCCGAGUCUGGCGAGAUAGACGAAGCAACGUUAGACCUGAUUGCAAAACCCCGGUGUGGGGUCAAUGAUCCGGUCAUAGUCAACGACACUGCGGGAACAAACGCUUCGAUUAACGGCACAGUAAUUAGGCGACGACGGUACGUGAUUGCCGGCCAGCCGUACCAAUGGAACAAGAAUGGCCUUACAUACAAAAUCAUCAAUUUCCCCGGCCCGCCCUCUGAAAUUACUCCUGAGCAAGUGGUUGAAGACGUCCGAAAAGCUUUCCAGCUCUGGAGUGACGUCACACCACUGACCUUCCAGCCAGUUGACGAUGAAAACGCGGCAGAUAUUCGGUUGGUGUUCGGUAAACGUCGUCAUACUGACGUGGAGGAUGACCCGACAUUUGACGGUCCAGGAGGCACCCUGGCUCACGCGUUCUCACCGAACAGCAACUGGGGCACCACGGACGGAGAUGCACACUUUGACGAGGACGAAAAUUACACCCAUGGUGUUCCAAAUGGUGUGAACUUCUUCUACACUGCCGCCCAUGAGAUAGGUCACACCCUAGGUCUGGAUCAUUCUAAUGUUCCCAACUCACUCAUGUGGCCGUGGGGAAAGGCAUUCAUCACGGACUUUGUUCUCCCAAGAGAUGACAAAGAUGCUAUUCAGUCAAUUUAUGGAGCCAACCCGAACCCACCUACCCUCCCACCAGCUACUUCUCAACCACCCCCAGCUUACUGCGUCGCUCCAAUCAGCACCGUCAUCAAUAUUCGUGAUCAGCUUUAUACAUUCUCGAAUGAUAAACUUUGGAGGUUCGACUUGGAAGGUAACUUGCUGUCUGAUGCUGAGGGUGAACUGUCUAGAACAUAUUUCCCAAAACUUCCCAGACAUCCGUCAGCUGGCUACGAAAGACAUUACGAUCGGAAAAUCCACUUCUUCAAAGGUCGCAACUACUGGAUCUACAAGUCAGCCCGCUCCUCUCCGCCACUCUUCAAGAUGUACAACAUUAACACCACAAAUGCCGAAGACGAACCUGACUUCCCUCGCCCUGUUCGAGAGCUGGGCCUCCCUAAGAAGAUGACAGCGGCUUUGCAUGUUGCUGACGUGGGCAAGACGUACUUCUUCAAGGCGAAGAACACCUUCAUCUUAGAUGAGUUUGAAGGAAUAUUGGCUGAAGAAGCUGAGAGGAUACAUCAGGUCUUUCCUGAUGCGCAGAAGUUCCCAUCAGCAGCAUUCUACAAUGACGGCUACGCAUACAUCAUUUACUUUCACGGUCACAGCGCAGUCUACUACAGAUUCAAAUGGGACGCAACUACUAAAUCAUUCCUGAGCUUGACAGGCUAUAAUAACGCACGUGACCUGUACACUGACUUUUUAGGCUGCCCUUAAAAAAAAACUGAUUAGUUCAGAUUAUAGAUUUUACAGAAAUGAAUGUCAAAAAGAGGUAAUUUGAUGCGGACCAAGAGUGUUUUGAAAGUGGGAUUCGGUUGUAGUUUUACCAACCUGCACAUAGAGGCAGAAAGGAACACAAAAUCAAGCACUUGUAUUUGGAAGAGCUUUUUGCAUGGACGUAUUGUCAUGUUCGCGUAACACGAUUGUAGCGCCCUCUACAGUCGACACUUGGUUGAACUUUUUACACUUGAGUCGCCAACUCUGCCAUACUUACAGAAACUAGCCAUUGCAUACCAUUCCUAUAUUGCAGGGACUAGCCAUUACAAUCAUUCCUCUAUUGUUAGUAUACAUACAGCAUUAUCUUUUGAAAGGGAAAGUACACCUUUGGUGUUCGGAAGCAUCAGUGAUUGUUUUCAUCCUAUAUAAACAUGGAUGCAUACAAUAAAACCAACUUGUGAACAUUUCAUUUCAAAAGAUGGUCGCGUUUACGAUAAAUCGUCGAAAAUCCGCAAACCGUAGCUGAAACACACAAACUGAGAGACAUUACUGUCGGUGACGCUUCUCAUAUUAAUUUUUGGGGGGAUGGAAACUGAUCUAUUUUCCCAUAAACACGUUACUUCAAAGUGAAAUGAUUCUCAAAAUGAAAGCUGCUGUAAGACCUACCUCUAACCAGGUGAGUUUUAAUUGCCAUUAAUUUUAAGAGUGAUUACCAAACGUAUAUUUCCUCUUUAACAUAACUCACUGUUGGAUAUUUUAGUUGUGUUUUUGGCUUUACAAGGGAAUAGUGAUAGUCAUUUACAGUCAACAUAGAUUAAAUACACUGGACACUAUUGGUAAUUGUCAAAGACCAGUGUUCUCACUUGGUGUAUCUCAACAAUAACAAACC